AUGGCUGUCUACCUGCUCCUGAUUUUUCUCUUUUCCUUCAGUACAUCUCUUCAAAUGUCUGAUAGUGGAAUAUUUUCAAUCUAUAAUGAAGAUAGCAAGCUCUGCGCUCAAGCUCAAAACUCUAGCUCGGUCAUAACUACUGCUUGUGAUGAGCACAACGAGUUUCAAAGGUUCAGGUGGGUCUCUGCCACGCAGCUGCUGAGCGUGGCCCUCAAGCUGUGCCUGGGAGUGCUCACCAAGGACGAUGAGGCUGCCAUCACGCUGGAAUCCUGUAACAGGACGAAUGAGCUCCAGUGGUGGGAAUGUAGAAAUGAGAUGCUUGCAACCCACGGCAAGGAUUUAUUUUUCAACUACGGCAAAGGGAAGGGGAAGAAAAGCAGGUUGUCCAAAGGAUCGGGCAAAGGGAGCCGGUGGAAAAUCCAUGGAACCACAGACAGCGUGUGCUCCCAGCGCUAUGAGGAUAUCUAUACACUGGGAGGAAAUGCCUUUGGUGCACCUUGCGUGUUCCCUUUUAAGUUCAAUGGUAAAUGGUAUGCUGAGUGCAUCCCUCGGAAUAAUGAUGCAGGCUCUCUCUGGUGUGCAACUUCUUCAGAUUUUGAUAAAGACCAGUUUUUUGGAAAUUGUCCACUAAAAGACACCAUCCACAACGACCUUUGGAAAACAAAUCCUGUGACGGAAACCCACUAUCAGAUAAACUCACAGUCACUUUUGACAUGGCACCAAGCAAGAAAAAGCUGCCAGCAGCAGAAUGCAGAGUUACUAAGUGUCACAGACCUUCAUGAAGAAAUGUAUUUAUUAGGGCUCACUAGUGACCUGGGUGUCAAUGUGAAGCUCUGGACUGGUCUUUUCAGGGCACUUGACAGUGGCUGGCAGUGGAUUGGGGGCAGUCCUUUCAGAUACCUGAACUGGGCUCCAGGAAAUCCCUCUGUGGAAUCUGGAAAAAUAUGUGGGACCUUCCAAGGUAGGAAUGGCAAAUGGGAAAACCAGGUAUGUGAUUGGAAACUGGGAUAUAUCUGCCAAAAGAGAAACUCCUCCUCAGAUUCCUCCACUAUUGCCUCAGGUGACUUAAAGCCUUUUAAGUGCCCCAGGGAAUGGGUGGCCUAUGCAGGUCAUUGUUAUAGAAUUUACAGAACACCCAAAAUAUGGAAAGAAGCCCAGUCUUCCUGUAGAAAAGAAGAUGGAGAGCUGGCGAGUAUUCAUAAUAUUGAGGAGUACAGUUUUACAGUGUCUCAGCUUGGGUACAAGCCAGAUGAUGAGCUGUGGAUUGGUCUAAAUGACUUCAGGGUUCAAAUGUAUUUUGAAUGGAGUGAUGGGACACCUGUGACUUAUACCAAGUGGCAUCAUGGAGAGCCAACCCACACACGAAAUAAGGCAGACUGCAUCGUUAUGAAGGGAGAGGAUGGAUCCUGGGCUGACAGUGCUUGUGAAACAAAACUCGGUUACAUCUGUAAAAGGAAACCUUUGGCAGAAGAAUCAGGGGAAGCUGAGGUUACUUACCCAGGCUGCCAGAAAGGCUGGAUGAAGCACGGCUUUUACUGCUACUCCAUCGGGCAGUUACCAGCGACAUUUUCAGAAGCAAAACAAAUCUGUGAAGAAAACAAAGGUUACCUGGCUACUGUGACAGACAGAUAUGAACAAGCUUUUGUGACUUCUGUAAUUGGAUUUAAUCCAGCAAAGUAUUUCUGGAUUGGUCUCUCAGACACAGAGGAGCAGGGGACGUUCAGGUGGGCCGGCGGGGACGUGGUCACCUUCACUCACUCCCGGUACGUGCCACAGGGGCCACCGAGAAGGGAGUCAGGCUGCGUGGCCAUGAUAACAGGAACUUCGGCUGGAUUAUGGGAUAUUUUGAACUGUGAAGAAACAAACAUGUUUCUCUGCAAGCAGCUGGUGGAGGGAGUGACCCCCCCUCCUCCUCCAACAACGACCCCUCUCCCAUCGUGCCCAGAGGGAUGGCAAUCCAUUCCUCAGAGCAGCUCCUGUUUCAAAAUUUUUCAGGGAGGAAGGGAGAAAAUGCAAACAUGGUUUGGUGCAAGAGAUUUUUGCAGAGCCAUCGGAGGAGAUCUGGCAUGUAUCCACAGUGAAGAAGAACAAAACUUAAUAGCUGGCUUAAAGAGAGAUUAUCUUCACUUGUCUUACUGGAUGGGUUUAAGUGCCUUGGACUCUGACAGUGGAUUUAUAUGGAGUGAUGGCUCACCAGUAAAUUUUGAAAAAUGGGCAAAUGGAGAACCAAACAAUUAUGAUGGAAAUGAAAAAUGUGGCGUGUUUAAUGGCUACACUAAUAUGAACUGGAAUGAUUUAUUUUGUGAACAUAUGCAGGACUAUGUCUGCCAAAUAAAAAAAGGAGCAUCACUGAAACCAGAGCCUACUUUCACAUUCAAUUAUGAAUAUAUUGUUAGUGAAGAUGACUGGAUAAUAUAUAAUCACAAGGAAUACUACUUCAGCAAGGAACCAAUGCCUAUGGAAAAAGCCAGGGACUUUUGCAAGAAGAAUGGUGGUGAUCUUGCUGUCAUUGAGAGUGAAAGUGAAAAAAAUUUUCUUUGGAAAUAUGUA